AUAGGAGAUCCAAGAAAGAAAAACAAAGACAGGACCGGAGCUAAGGUUGAUCAUGUCUCACAUAGCUGUCGAGAGGAACAGGAGAAGACAGAUGAACGAGCACCUCAAAGUUUUAAGGUCUUUGACCCCUUGUUUCUAUAUCAAAAGGGGAGAUCAAGCAUCAAUAAUCGGGGGAGUAAUAGAGUUCAUAAAAGAGCUACACCAAGUUCUGGAAGUUCUGGAAUCGAAGAAAAGAAGAAGAAAGAGUGUAAGCCCUAGCCCAUUAUCACCAUCAUCAGCAAGCAGCUUGAAGGAGGAUGUAGGAGCAGCAAGCUGCAAUUCUUCAGUUGCAGAUGUGCAAGUGAAAAUCUCAGGCUCAAACGUGAUCCUGAAAGUGAUCUCCCACAGAAUUCCAGGUCAAGUCUCAAAGAUAAUCACUGUUCUUGAGAGGCUAUCUUUUCAAGUCCUUCAUCUCAACAUCAGCAGCAUGGAGGAUACAGUCCUAUACCACUUUGUUGUUAAGAUAGGGUUGGAGUGUCAGCUAAGUCUGGAGGAACUAGCAGUGGGAGUACAACAAACUUUCUGCGAUGAGAAGCUGUUAACUAAUGGCACAGUGUGAGAUAUAUAUAUAUAUAUAUAUAUAUAUGAAGCACUUGGAUUUGGUAAGAGACUUGACGAUAUAUAAGUUUAACAAUGUAGCUGUUUCAUCAGGGUUCUUAGUUUAUAUAUAACUUAUAAGAUGCGUCACCCUCCAAUUUAUACGUUUUGAAGU